AUGGCUAGAAUCUCCUCCCAGGCCAUGGUGCUCACUGCUGGCUCGUCCAAGCGGAAUGAGCCUCUUCAUGGAAUGACGCUCUCGUCAGUAUGCUCACUCUCAGUGUAUCCAACACCAUUGCUUCAGUUCAAUCUACAUCUUCCAUCAUAUACUUCCUCAUCGCUCCACGCCAACGAUGGCUUGCUUUGCUUGCAUGUGAUGCCUCCAACGGAGAAGUCGGUGUUUUUAAGCCGAACUUUCGCCAGUGGUAUCAAGAAGGACCCUGAGCACUUCGAGGUCAAGCCAGAUGACGGCGAGAUAUUUCACGAAAUGACCACGCCAUUCUCCUCGAUCGCCAAUGAUGACUACAAGUUGCAUCGUGUCGAAAACGGCAUUGACGUGCCGGUGUUGGCUGAGCUGGAGGUUGCAUUCGUGUGUAAAAAGAAAGAGGUGUUCACGGUCGACAAUCAUGAGAUUUGGGUGGUGAAAGUGUUGGAUGUGCUCUUCCCGAACGGAAGGUUCAAGCACGAGAAAUCGGGCGGUCUACUAUACUUUGACAGAGGCUUCCAUACAGUGGGCAGCCCUGUUCGCGAGCCAGAAUAG